AUGAUGAACGAAGCUAAAAUCAGAAUGAACGACAACAACGAAGGAAACAAAGAAGCGAUCGGAUCUGGUUUACUUCGUGACUGGUCAGAGUUGAAUAAGGAAUGUCUCAUCGACAUAGUUUCGCGGCUAAGCAUGGAAGAACGUUGGAGAGGACCAAUGCUCGUAUGCAAGCCUUGGAUGUACGCUUGCGACGACCCGUCUCUCAACUCGGUAUUUGAUCUAGAUACUUGGUUCGAGGGGUCUCGGAUUUCGAAUCUUUGGUUUAGUUACGAGUUUGAGCAGAAGGUUGACUCCUUUCUCCGGUGUGUUGUGGAUCGAAGCCAAGGUGGUCUCAAGGAGAUCCGCGUUAGGCACUGUUCGGAUCAAUCUUUGUUGUACGCUGCUGAGAGAUGCCCUAGUUUGGAGGUUUUAUGUCUUAAAAGCUGCUUAAGUGUCACAGAUGCAUCGAUAUCAAAGAUAGCUACGAGCUGCCCUAAUUUGGAGAGACCAUAA